AUGGAGCAUGCCCCCGGAUUGCUUGGCACUGAGCAUAAGUCAAAGAAAAGAGAUCAAGGCGUGGGACACGGAAAGGCCGAUGAACGUGUUUACGACUGUUUAUUUGCUCGUCAGCUGGCUAAGGUGUUCCCAGCUAUCAUCCUCCCACCAAGCCCUCACAAAAGCCUAACCUAAUCAGAAACCGGUCAAAGCGUUCGUUCUGCAUCAUGAGCCAGCAGCAGUACUCCUAUAACCAGUAAGUUACUCUUACUUUGUUACCUUGUGGACAUUUUAUUCGACGAUCUUUUUAAAACCUUUGAAAUCUGAGAAUAUUUAAAAAAAUGUUCUAGAAUAAUAUGCCAGGUGUGAGUAAUGAAAUGUGGCCGAUCAUAACAAGCUCAUCGUGUAAAUGCUUUAAUAUUAUAAUUUUAAUUUACAGUAUGCUUUCAGAGGCUACGACCAACAACUCCUGGAGUCACUAUCUACCAAGGAGGAAACCAACCGUACUAUGACGAACAGUACGUCCAAGAAGAACAAUUCGUUCCUCAGGGCUACAACCAAUACGCUCAGAACGGAAAUCUGCCACAACAACAAUAUCAAAAUCAACAGCAAUUCCAAGGCCAACAACAAAAGUUCCAAGGUCAACCACAGUACCAAAACCAACAACAACAGUACUACCAAAAAGGGGGCAAUCAACAGUUUGCCAACCAAGGUAACUUCAACCAGUACCAGCAGUACCAAGAGCAACCACAAGACCAAUUCGCUCAAAGUCAACAACGUGCUCGUUCUGUAGGCCCUGAGAACCAGUAUUCGUACUUUGUAGACAAGAAAGGUAAUUACAUCCCCACAUCUUACCCACCAUUGUACACUACUGGUGAACCAGAAGGCGCCAACUACGUACCAUACUCAAGUUACGAGCGCCGUGGCCGUAGCGUUGACCCUAACCUGUAAGUGCACAAUUUGUACCUAAAAAGCUUGUAUAGUAGAAUUUUUCGAAAGCUUAACCAUAUUUUUAAUUUCAAAAUUCAUAACUAACAAAUGCUUCAGAGACAACGAUGAUCUUCGCUUCAAGUUCGGAGGAAUGGCCUUUGUUGAUAGUGAAGCCGCCUUCUACGAUGUAGAAGGAAACGACGUCUUCUUGGACCUGAAUACCCACAACGAAGAGACCCAAGUAAGAAGACCGGGAGACAACUACGGUCUUGACUUCAACGAAUCUGUUUAUCGUGGCGACCAAGUCGACGUAGAAGAUGGAUAUCAAGGUUACCAAGCCCAGAAACCACGACGACACUGGACCUACUGUGAGGAUCCAUUCAACCCAAAUAACACGUAUGUUGACGAUUUGUUUGGCUUCUACGACCCCGGAGAUGUCGUUGGAGACACUGUAGCCAACCAUCGUGUAACAGUUGAACGAGAGUUGACUGAUGGUAAGUAGAUAUUGUAAAUUUUAAUAUUUGUCUUACUGUAAAUUCAAUUUGACACUAAUUAUUAUUAUUGAUAUGUCUUCCAGAAGAAAGGAACAAUUUCUGUACGGAAUAUAUCCCAACUCCUGGUUUCUUGCCCCAGCACCGUACUGAGAAGCCAGAGCCAAAAGAAGAAGGUCCAAUCUGUUAUUCUUUGUCAGCAAAGAAGGAGUUGGCCCAAGGCAGUGAUUACCGCCCGCCAAGCCGAUCCCAAAGUGUUGGGCCAGUGAAGCCAGGUGACAAAAAGGAAGUCAACCUCAGAAACCUACUCGACGAUUCCGCCAUUCAACGUCAAGAAAACGUGAUUCAACCUGCACCAUGGGCUCCAGACUCGGACUACAAACAAGGAAGAUGGCAGAUCCAGCAAGGACAACUUGACCCACUGAACAGCCGACCUCAAGUAAGUACUAAUCCAUUACAAAGCAAAGCCUAAACAAUAUCUUUUAAAAUUAGUGGGGUUUCGAACUUAUUUGUAAAAUUUGAAAAAUUGACCUUGAAGAUCCCCAUACACAUUCCCUUCUGGGUCCCACUUUCGCUGGCCAAACAUCGGCGUUGGCUUAGUGCUAGUGCACUUCUGGAGCCACUAAUUCAUAGGCCUGGGGUGAGUGUUAAUGAAUCAAAUUUAAAAUGAUCCAUUAAAAGUUAAUGUAACUUGACAAUUGUUGAUGUUGUAGAUUCCAAACCAACGUCCGGAGUGGUCGCAACAAGUUGAAAACAAAAAGAACGUCUGGAGUGGAAAAGCACCACCAACCGGCCAACAAGCCCCACCAGAAAGACCUGGCUUCUGGAACAAAAAGCAAGGAGCACCACAACAAAACGCUCAAGCACCAAAACAACCAGCUCAGCAACAACAACAAGGAGGUUUCCAACAACAAGCUGGACAACCUCAAGGAAACCAAGUUUCCACUAACUAUACGUAAGUUACGAAAAUAUUAUUUAGGUUAAUUUAAAUGCGUCGAAACGUUUAAAGCCACUUGAAACUUUUAGAUACUAUCAACAAGGCCAACAACAGAACCAACAGCCAUCUCAAGGACAACAACAAACACAACGAGUCCAACAACAACCCAUUAGAGGACAACAACAGCAGCAGCCGGGUUAUCAAGGACAAGGAAAACAACAACCCCAGCAAUUCCAAAGGCAACAACAACAAAGUCAACAAACCCCACAAACUCAGCAACAACAACAGCUGCAACAACAGCAACGUGGAAGACCACAAACACAACAACAACCUCAACAACAGUUUGGGCAACAGCAACGCGUUUCUCAACAACCCCAACAACAAACGCAACAACGUCCAGGUCAACAACCACAACAACAAAGAGCUCAGCCUCAAGUAGUUAGGCCAAACCAGCCCCAACAGCCAGCUAACCAACUAGGCCAACAGCGCCAAGCCCCGCAACAACAACAGAGAACACUGUCCCAGCCCCCUCCUCAAAGCCAAAAUAGACAACCCCAAGCCGGAUCCUACCAGAAAACAAUUACCUACGUGAAUGGGAAACCUGUCUCAUACGAAGAAGUCGCUGAUCGCCAUCAAAAUGCUCAAACCCAGCCACAAAACUAUCAAUCUGUGGUCUAUGCCAAUGGACAACCUCAACGAAGUGGACCAAUUGGAGGUUCUUAUCAACAAACCUCUUACUACUCUCAAGGACAACCGGCCAAGAAUGGUGGACUACCACAGCAAGGAGGCGUUCAACAAGGCAAACCUCAACAAAAACCAGCUGGCUGGAACAACCAAAUCCCAAAAGGGCAGUUGAGCAACACACAAUCCCAAGCGAACGGCCAAUAUAAGGGCCCACAAGGACAGAAUGUUCAAUAUCAGCGCCAAGUGACCAGCUCUGCCAACCCGAAUCAACAAUACCAAUUGAUCAAGCAAACCGAUACUCAAGUUCGUCAACAACAACAACCUUCCGGACAAUUUCAAAGGCAAGUGAUUCAAUCUGAAAACAAAUGAAUAAUCUAGAAGCACUGAAACCAAGUACUACAAGAAGCAAACCUUAUCCUAA